CCUGUUUUUGUGCACAGCUCCAGAGCUGCUGGCAGCGAGACACAGAGGAGCCUCCCGAGAUCUCCCCGCUGGCAGCCUGAGCAAAGCUCUGCCAACCUGUCAGUCCAGCCAUGCAAGAAGAGACAGAGAGAGACAGAGCAAAAGAAAGGAGGGAGUGAAGCAGAGAUUCUUUCAAACCUCAGCAGGACAUUAAGAGAUUUCCAAUGAACAAGGAAAACAACUCCUGGCACCUUCUGUAAGCUGAAGCAGAGAUGAGGAAGGUGAAUGACCAAAGUGGCUGCUACAGGCCUGUAAAUAUCCAGGGAAACAAAGUCAGUUACCGCAGCACCUGUCGGGAGAGCCCGGAAAAGGAGGUGAAAAGGCUGCAGAAGAGAUUUCUCCACAAGGAUGGCAGCUGCAACGUCUACUUCAAGCACAUCUUCGGGGAGUGGGAGAGCUACGUGGUGGACAUUUUCACCACGCUGGUGGACAUCAAGUGGCGCCACAUGUUUGUGAUUUUCUCCCUGUCCUACGUGCUCUCGUGGCUGUUCUUCGGCCUGGUGUUCUGGCUGAUUGCCGUCCAGCACGGGGACCUGUUCAACGAUGAGGAGGUCACGCCCUGUGUGGCAAACGUGCACAGCUUCACGGGAGCCUUCCUGUUCUCCCUGGAGACCCAGACCACCAUCGGGUACGGGUACCGCUGCGUGACCGAGGAGUGCUCGCUCGCCAUCCUCAUGGUGAUCCUGCAGUCGGUGCUCAGCUGCAUCAUCGACACCUUCAUCAUCGGGGCGGCCUUGGCCAAGAUGGCCACGGCCCGCAAGAGGGCCCAGACCAUCCGCUUCAGCUACUACGCCGUGGUCGGGCUGAGGGACGACAAAUUCUGCCUGAUGUGGCGCAUCGGGGACUUCCGGCCCAACCACAUGGUGGAGGGCUCGGUGCGCGCGCAGCUGCUGCGCUACAGGGAGGACAAGGAGGGCAGGAUGACCAUGGAGUACCGCGACCUGAAGCUGCUCAACGACCAGAUCAUCCUGGUCACGCCGGUCACCGUCGUCCACGAGAUCGACAGCGACAGCCCCUUGUACAGCCUGGACCGCAAAGCUCUGGCCAAGGACAACUUUGAGAUCUUGGUGACGUUCGUCUACACGGGGGACUCCACGGGCACCUCCCACCAGUCGCGCAGCUCCUACGUCCCCAGAGAGAUCCUGUGGGGCCACAGGUUCAACGAUGUGCUGCACGUCAAGAAGAAGUACUACAAGGUGGACUGCUUGCAAUUUGAGGAGACCACGGAGGUGUACGCCCCUCACUGCAGCGCCAUGCAGCUGGAGCAGAAGGAGCAGGAGUGGAACCGUGCUGAGAAGACGCGGGAAAAGCAAGGGGAGAAGUCAGCCCUGGAAAUCAAGUACAGCCAAAAGCCCCUCAGCGCUGUCGCCCUCGUCACCAGUUGUGAGGAUCCUGAAGAGCCAGUGACAACUCCCAGCCAGCCUCCUGAAGAGGAUUCCUACAGGAAAGCAGCUGUGACCUUAAGCAGGCUCUCCAUAGAGUCCCAAAUCUGACUUUUCCUGCCCUUAAAACUCUUCCCAACAAAUUGUCCCCUCGUAGCUCCUCGAUUGCAAACAAUGAAUUUGUGUGCAGCAAUAUUUAUAUCCCAGACCUCUCUGACAGCGUGCCCACACUGUCACACACUGUCACACUCUGUCACACGCUGUCACACGUUGUCACGCACUGUCACUCGCUGUCACACCCUGCUGGGCUGCCAGGGGCAGCUCUGCACUGGCUGCUGUGGGCACAAGGGAGCAGCUUCCACUUGGGAUGCCCAGAGAGCUCCUUGAGCAAACCCUGUGUGAACUUUCCUCCCCUGCAGGGACCGGGGUUGGCCAUGCCCAGAGACACAGAAUGACCUCAGCAGGACACACAAACGAUGCCCUGGGCCCUCUGGGUAGGAGUUUCAAAGCUGCCUCGUUGGUUUGGAAGGGUUUGGAGGGAUUCCCAAUCCCUCCAGGAGGCUCUGAUGCUCCAUUAUCCCAACAAAUAAUUCCUCGGGUGCAGCCUCAUCCCAGAGCUCCUCUGAGGAAUCUACGGGGCUGUUUUUUGUAAGACAAGGGAAUCAAUGACCCCAGUGCUCCUGGGUGGCUUUGGACACGUGCUCACACUCUGCCCAGUCCUAUGGGAUCCACAGUGGGAUCCUGGAGAGCUUUCAUUCCCUAAUCAUGAGCUGACCAUGGUUAGGAGCUUUCAUUCCUAAUCAUGAGUUAAUCAUGAGCCGUUCCCUGAGGUGCUGCUCCCGCAGAUGGAAGGAAGCAGGAGGUAAAAAAAAAAUCAGAACAAGACCUCCAGUUUUAAAUCAGCAAAAUCAGGUUGAGCCUUGAGGGGAAGAUCAUGUCUGGAGUGAGCUGUGCAAUAUUUUAUAUCAAUUCCUCUUUCAUUUCAUUUUGCUUUUCUUUUUAACGUGUUGCACUUCCUUGCAAAGACAAAGAUCAACCUGCAGAACAAACAGGGUGAUUUUGUCAAAAUGAAAAAUGCUUGUCUCAGGUGGCUGAGUAAAAAUGAUCCUUCAUGGAGAAAUCCAACAACUCCUCUGUCGGCUCAAACUGGGGAAAAAAAGGAAAAGGUUCUGAAGGUGCCAGUGACGUGGAAGUUCCUGCUCUGCACACCUCUGUAAUUACGUGAGCAAUGCUUCAUCAUGCUUUUGCCCCUGAUGAUUUCAGUUCAUUUGCAUUGUGUUUAAUUAUCCUGCAAAUGUAAAAUAAUCAUAUUGAAGUUUGUGGGGUUGAUCUCACCUGCCCUUAGCAGCAGAGAAAUUCAGGGUUUGCUGCUCUCUGUGGUUACUGCAGCUCUUCUGUCUGCAUAGCAGAGUUCACUCCACCUUCCUCAGGUUUUUGGGGAGCUGAGGGCAGCAGGAUGAGCUUUUCCUGGAAAAGUUCAUCCCUAUCCAUUUAUUGCUGAAGGAGAUGAAAGGACUGCUGUGGAAAUGCUGGCUAACUUUAGGCUGCUAAAAUUAGGUCUGACGAGUCAUUCACAUCAUUCUGACUAAUUAAUUGGGUUUUUAUGAGCUCAUCAUGUUUAAUGAAGAAAAAAUAGCCUGCUAAGUGUUUUGGUUUUUUUUUUCCCCUGCAAUUUACUCCACGUAGUAGGAUUGUUGGAUUAUUUUUAAUGUAUUUCGCUUUUGCUAGCAUUUGUCUCUGGAUAAACAUGAUCCCUUCAGGUAAAACUGAUGCCUGAGGGGUGUUAGUUAUUCCAAAACUCAUUAAUUAGCCUAUUUUAUGUGCUGAUUCAUCAGCAGCAACCACUUAUAAGUGCAGUAAAAACCAUCUUCUUGUAUCCUGGAUUGAAACACUGGCAGACGUGGGGGAAAUAGUCUAGAAAAAAAAAAUGGAAAGGAAUGUAGGAAAAUGUGGAAGGGUCUCAGUACUUCUGUGGUGUUGGAAAAAACACCAUUGGGAUUGAAUAAAAUAGAGUAUCACCUUCCAGACAUGGGAAUUAACCCUUCCACUCCCCUCAGAUCCUGCCUGGGAUGCUUUUAUUUAAUGCUGGGCACCCCGAUUUGGGAAAGAUGAGGAGCAAUUGGGAUGUGUGGGAAAGCUGUCAAUGGGAAGGAGGGAAAUGGCUCACGGUGUUUCUGUCCUAAAAAGGGUUGGGAGGCAGAGAGUUCUCAAGAGCUGAGAGACAGAGGACUCUCAAACACAGAAACUGCUUUUGGAGAGGGUGAAAUCUGGGGCUGGGAGAGGAUGGGACAGGAAAAGGUGGGAUUAAACUGGGGGAAAAGGGAGGGAAAAUAAUUAGGAAACACUUAACGAGGGUGAGUGAGACAGAGGUGAGGGUUUGUAACCCCUGUGGUGGCUCUGGGAAACCUGGUGGAGGAGGAAGCAGAGUCAGGGGUGAGACAGAAAGGCCAGCCUGGCACUUCCCAAGCCUUCUGCUCUGUGAUCCCAGGAUUUCCACCCACAGGGGAUGUCCCACGCUGACACAGCUGCACUGCUGGCUCUGCAAGAGCCCAGCCACAGUGCAAAGGGCUCAGAGAGGUGAGAUGUUCCUGAGAGAAGUGACCAAAACCCCCUCGUUCCUUCCCAAGGUGCCCAUUCCUGGUGCUGUGAAGCUGGGGAGCUCAGCUGCCUUUCCCUCCCCCAGUUCCCUUCCCUUCCCUGUGAGUUUCUGGAAAAAAAUUCUUCCUUUGGAAUGGCUUUGCUGGAAGUGAAAGCACCAGGAGUCAGAUUUAGGGGUUUGUCCUGUGGGUUUUGGCACUGAGAGAUACAAAUAAUAAAUACAAAUACAUGAGAAUGGCUGCUAAGGUGUGCCUGGGUCAGCUGAUGAGGGUCAGGAAGAAACUUCUCUCCCGGGCAUGUUAAUUCACAAAAAGCCUCUUUAUAAUUUCUUCUACUUUUAUCCCAGCCCGUGCUAGAGACAGGAUUCCAAGGAACCACUGCUCUCAACCAGCCUGGCUUUUUUUUCCUGUGUGUUACUUUAAUUUCCUUUAUCCCAGUACAAACACUAUGUAUAAUAAUGAUGAAUAGCAAAGCAUGCAGUUCUUCUUCUUUUUUUUUUUUUUUAAUGAAUAAAGACAUCAAAAUAAAGAACAUUCCCCUGCCACACA